AUGGCCGUGGUGAAUCUUCCGACUCUACAAGACGUUGUUUCCGAUGAACUUAACUACGAAAUAUGGGCUCCAAUCAUGAAAACUAGUUUAGCGGAGAAAGGACUUUGGGACAUUGUCAAGUACGGAAUCCCACCGGAUUUAUCAAAGAUUCCAGAGUUAGCGACCAAGAUUCGAACCCAAGACCUUUCAAUAUAUAGAGAUUCUGCGGUAAAAGACACGAAGGCACUCCACCUUUUGCAAUCUUUUCUCCCAGAUUCGGUUUUCCGAAAGACACUGGAAACCACUUCAGCCAAACAUCUUUGGGAUUUGGUAAAAGAAGAUUACGUACAAGCCAAGUUAGGGAUGGAGAAAUUACCUGAGUACCACAUGUUCGCAAUCAAUGUUCUUCCGGCGACAUUUGAUAAGGAUAUUACUCUCAUGGCUAAAGGAAUUGGAGAUAUAAUUAUCAUGACUAAGGAUGGUAAUAAGACGAUCAAGAAUGUUCUUUACGUUCCAGGGAUCACAGGAAACGCGUUGAGUGUUGUUCAGAUGGAGAUGAAAAGGACUUUAGCGAAUGGAAUCCCUCCAGAUCCAUCGAAGAAUCCAAAGUUAGCGGCGACGAUUCAAGCCGAAGAUGUUUCCAAAUGGAGAGAAUUUGUAAGGAAAGACAUGGAAGCACUCGAAAUAUUGCAGUUUUCUCUCCCAGAUUCUGUUUUCAGAAAGACUCUCUCGGCUGUUUCGGCUAAGGAUCUCUGGGAUCUGCUAAACGAAGUACCUGAUCAUGUAGCUGAGUGUUUUAGUAAAUACACUUUUCAUGAGAAUAUAUGGUUGAUUAGCUCCACUAACUCGAAUCAUAUGACUCCACAUGUGAAGUUUUUCACCACUUUGGAUAGAUCAAGGAAAUGUAAGGUUAAAUUCAUAUCUGGAGAUAAGAGUGAGACCACAGUGGCAAUGGUAGAAGGAAUUGGAGAUGUGACUUUCAUUACUAACGAGGGUAAUAAGACGAUCAAGAAUGUGCUUUACGUUCCAGGGAUCGAGGGAAACGCGUUGAGUGUUUCUCAGUUGAAGAGGAACGGCUUUGAAGUUUCUAUGGAAAGAAGAACUGGAUGCUUUGUUUGGGAUCGGACGACUGGGAAAAUGUUUGGUAAAAACAUGUGGGAAAAGAGAGGCUUUUGCCUGCGUUUCAGUGUGAUUGAAGGUAAUUUUCAAUGCAAGAAGCGAAAAUUUACACAAGAUUAA